CAUGCAGGUCGAUGUGAGCGGAGCUGAGGUUAGAUUGUAUGGAGCGUCAUCUCACCGUUUCUAUGUACAGCCGUGGAGCAGGUGCGUGGAUAGACCCCCGAGUGAAUAAAUAAGGAAACCCCUCCUGACUGUUUCCUUAUCGACCGGUUUGACUGCGGCUACCUCAACUGUAUCGCUUAGAAAUUACAUCCAGGACUCUAAGCAGGUAUCAUGAGAGGUCUGACUGGACCAACAACGGCUCACUGGCGUUUGAUCAUGUUCAACACGUUGCCUGGCAGCGAGUCUGGAUCGGGUCACCGGUUCACUACACCCAUAAUUUAGGAGAAUGCCUCCUGGCUGUGCCUUUGCCGUCUCACCCCUUCAUCCUCAACCCCACCUCCGAAGAUCAAACACCUCUCUAGCUGUCUGAGACAUCCGAGGUCCUCACCUCCAUCCGUCUUGCUUGCCUGUCUGACAGACAGACUUCCCAGAGGUGAUGCGGCGGUUUGUUUACUGCAAGGUGGUGUUGACCACCUCCUUGGUGUGGGUGCUGGUCGACGUGUUCUUGCUGCUGUACUUCAGCGAAUGUAACAAAUGCGAUGAGAGGAAAGAUCGCUCUUUGCUCCCUGCGCUCCGAGCUGUGAUAUCUCGGAGUCACGAGGGUCCAGGCGAGAUGGGCAAGGCGGUAAACAUCCCUAAAGACGACCAGGGGAAGAUGAAGGAGCUCUUUAAGAUUAACCAGUUUAACCUGAUGGCCAGUGACAUGAUUGCGCUCAACAGGAGUCUACCAGAUGUGAGAUUGGAUGGUUGUAAAACCAAGGUGUACCCAGAUGACCUGCCCAACACCAGCAUCGUCAUCGUGUUUCAUAACGAGGCGUGGAGCACCCUGCUGCGGACCGUUCACAGUGUCAUCAACCGCUCUCCGAGACACCUGCUGGUGGAGAUUGUUCUGGUAGAUGAUGCCAGUGAGCGAGACUUCUUAAGGGCAAAGCUGGAGGAUUAUGUGCGAACAUUAGAGGUUCCUGUGAAGAUUCUGAGGAUGGAGCAGCGGUCGGGUCUGAUCAGAGCCCGGCUCAGGGGGGCGGCCAUAACCACAGGCCAAGUCAUCACCUUCCUUGACGCUCACUGCGAGUGUACAGUGGGCUGGCUGGAGCCCCUGCUGGCUCACAUCAGAGAGGACCGAAGAGCAGUGGUGUGCCCUAUCAUAGAUGUCAUCAGCGAUGAGACAUUUGAGUACAUGGCGGGUUCAGAUAUGACUUAUGGAGGGUUCAACUGGAAGCUGAACUUUCGAUGGUACCCAGUUCCUCAGCGGGAGAUGGAUCGACGUAAAGGAGAUCGAACACUUCCAGUCAGGACUCCCACGAUGGCAGGAGGGCUAUUCUCCAUAGACAAAACAUAUUUUGAAGAAAUUGGAAGCUAUGAUCCGGGGAUGGAUAUAUGGGGUGGAGAAAACCUGGAAAUGUCUUUUAGGAUCUGGCAGUGUGGUGGAUCCUUGGAAAUUAUAACAUGCUCACAUGUGGGGCAUGUUUUCCGCAAAGCCACUCCAUACAGCUUUCCUGGAGGAACAGGCCAAGUCAUCAACAAGAACAACCGACGGCUGGCUGAAGUCUGGAUGGACGAAUUCAAAGACUUCUUUUAUAUCAUCUCACCAGGUGUGAUGCGGGUGGACUACGGAGACGUCUCCUCCCGCAAAGCUCUCCGAGAGACCUUGAAGUGUAAACCAUUUUCCUGGUAUCUAGAGAACAUCUACCCUGACUCCCAGAUCCCAAGAAGAUACUUCUCACUUGGUGAAAUCAGAAAUGUGGAGACCAACCAGUGUGUGGACAACAUGGGAAGAAAGGAGAACGAGAAAGUUGGCUUUUUCAACUGUCAUGGCAUGGGUGGAAACCAGGUCUUUUCCUACACAGCGGAUAAAGAAAUCCGGACAGAUGACCUCUGUUUGGAUGUCUCCAGACUCAACGGGCCCGUCAAGAUGCUCAAGUGUCACCACAUGAAGGGCAACCAGAUGUUUGAGUACGACGCCGAGCAACUGACGCUGCUCCAUGUGAAUAGCAACCAAUGCUUGGACAUGCCGUCUGAGGAGGACAAGAUGGUCCCCACCCUGAGAGACUGCAGCGGCAGCCGCUCCCAGCAGUGGCUGCUCCGUAACAUGACCCUGAGCAUCUGAUCCUUCACCUCGGCAUUACCUCCUCCUCCUCCUUUUCGUAACCCGACUUGCCAUCCACACCCUCACCAGGUGGCACUUAACACACAACAUAUGCUUCCUCCUGUAGCUGCCUGGCCACCAGUCGCAGAGAUGCUGGGAUGCAGCAGAGGAUUAGCUUCCUCUAUGGAUUCGUAUUCUGUUGAGGCGGGCCUCGGGUUUAAGCAAGGCAGCACCUGCCUUUCCGACCACAUAAUGAGGAGUAUCUCUAGACUGUGUCCAGGCUGGGAGAACGAUGCAUGGGGUCUGAGCAUGUAGAACACGCAUUUGCUUGUAGAAACUUCUCUGCUGGAGGUCAAACGCAUGAACAGAAGAGUUGGUAAAAUAUUGAAAUCUCCAAACAUGCUCGGCAAUGUUAGUGAGUGCAUCAGAUCUUAUCAGCACAGCUGGUUUGCUGCUCAUCUUUUUUUAUCAUCACUAUCUGCUCUGCUCAGAUAAAAAAAAAAGGUUUACCCUAGGAUUUCUAAAAUGAAUUCAGUUAGAAAGUGUGGUGACAAUGCAUGAGGUAACAUUUUAUUUCUGUUCACCUGGGCUUUAUAAUAAAACAGGAGCUAGUGGUUGCAUUUAUUACCUUUCUCAAAAACAAAGAGGCAUAUAUUCUGGAAGCUGUGGGUGUUUCCCAUCAGAGCAGCUGCUGCCACCAGAGGGUCAGCAUCAACUCUGUGGGAGGCAUGCUGUCAAACUGUUGUACAACAUACCCUCUCUGACACUGAUACCAUUUUUUUUGCUCCCUUCUUGUUUGACAGGACACUGCUGUAAACUUUGUGCUCAUUUUAGAAGGGGUAUCAUGCAGAGCUAACAAGCUUCUUGUCAGAAACUGGAGACCCAUGAUCACGUGUUGACACCUGAAUUUGUAGCCAUGAAAUACAUUAAUCUAGGGAAAGUGGCUCAUAAAAAAACACUUUAUGAGCUAGGUGGGGCCUUUUUUUUCCCCACUCGCUUAUUUUCCCAUAAGCGAGUGAAGGUAUUAUUGUGCCCCUUGUUAAAUCACUAAGUACAUGUGACUAACCACAUUUUUGGGGUUCAAUUUUCCUAGGGCAGAUACCUGUCAGACCAAUAGAAAACGCUUUACAGACCAGAAGCAGAUGCUUAUAAAUUUGUUUCUUCAAACAAAACUUGUUUGUAGGUUUAAUUUACUGGUACUUAUCUAUUUUGAAAAACAGUAAAAUGCCAAUUGAGAUUUAGUUAUGCUUUAUACUUACACCAAUUUAAGUAUAAAGCAUAACUUUACACUGGUUCUAAAAUGUAUUUGCCUUUUAACAUUCUCACUCCAAAGCAUACGCUGUAAAUUUUACCAUAACUCUAACUAAGGUCACUUAUGGCCUAAAUUAGCAACCAAUCAAGCACUGCAAUCAACAGCCAUCUAGUAAAAAAAAGUAUGUUUCAGUUGAAUUUCUGUUGACACACUUGCAAUGCCAUACUGUUGUAGCUCAAAACUGAUUUAAUUGGAUCCUUUGUCGUGAAAAAAGAAGGUACAAUUUUUGUUCUUUAAAAUACCUCAAAUAUUUUUUCUUGUUUUUGUGUCAAUUAUGAAGGAUGUCAAGCAUUGUAUGAACAAAAUACCCAUUUUUUAUAUUAUUGUAGUAGGAAUUGGAAGAAUUAUUUUAACGCAUUGUUUUAAGCAACAGAAGAAAGUGGAAUGGGAUCACAGUUCGUUCCUAAAACCAUGAAUGUGGACUGGAAUGUUUUUAAAAGGUUCCAGUCAUUGUCAGAAGGGAGAUUAAGAAACCAAAUUGUGCUGGAGCGUGGUUGUAAUAUGUGCCUUCAGACACAUAGCUUGUUGUUCAAACGUCUUUCUGUUGCCAUGUUUUCAUAGAUAAAAUCAGAAGCAUAUGCAUAUAUGAAAAAACAGCCAUAUCUCAAACAGGUUCACGAUCCCAUUCAUUUCUUACACUUCAGCAGGUGUCUGCUACAGUGUCAUAUUCAUCUGAUGCCCAUAGAAAUGUGAGAGGGACUUUUGAUUGCACCGCUAUUCAGGAUUUGAAAACAGAUGUUGUACAUAAGGCUGUGAACUUGUUUGUAUCACUGUUGAUGUUGUAAAUAAAGAACCGGUUAUUUUUCUAUGAUCCUGUAAGUUUGAACACCCAUCUGUUUAAAAGGUGAUUGAAAGAUUUUGAAAAAGGAAAAAAAAAAUACUGAAAAGUACUGAAAUACUGAUUUUGGAAUAUCGGUUUCAUAAUUAGACUGUGUUUUGAUACAGUGCCUUGCAAAAGUACUUAUACCCCUGAUUUAGAUCAAAGCAUAUUUAUAUUUUAGGAUUGCCUAGUCCUAAAUUUGACUGAGGGCCUGUACUGACAAAAUUAAUGUUCACAGAUUAUACCAAUCAACUUUGACUGUAUUUGGGCAAAUUUGCAAAGAGCAGAAUGAGUCAGAAUCUACAGUAUAUGUGCAUAUUAGGUGGAGAUGUAAACCAAAAGACUUGCAGCUUUAGGAUAUCAAGUUAGAGACAAUAGAUGGAUGGAUGCACCAUAUGAAGCUUGGAAAAAAAAAGUUAAUGUUAAUACUUUCGCAAGAUACUAUAAUUACCCCAAAGAUAAUCUGGGAUCACCUUAAGGACCUCAGGUAAGAACACAGGAGGAAGUAACUGUUACAGCUACUUGAAAUCUUCACAGAAUGCUUGCUUGGCAUUCAGAGUACGUUUUGAUCACCUCUUUUAUAUUAUAUGUUAAUCGACUGUCUUUCCAAUAAAGUGCACAGAGUAACACGGAAAUGUAAUGUUUCAUUGUGCAGACUGCAAAGUGAUAACUGUAUGUUUUGCCUUGUUUUUUGUUAAAAUAAAAAAUGUGAAUACAACA